AGUAAUUUUUAAAAAUGUUGAUUACCUACUUCAGUUAAAAAAAACUAAAUUCGAACAGUCUCAGGGUGUUAAACCACAAGGACAUUCUGACCGGAACUUGGUUAAUAAUAUGUCUGAUAGUCAAUGUGACCUUCGACUGAAGCAGGAGCUUGAAACCCCUGAGAUAGCACGUGAGAAAGUCAACGAAAUUCCACUGGAUAACCUCUGCAGAGCUAUUGAUACUGCAGUGCAUUCUGAUAUUGAGUCAGAUGAUGGUACUGUGGUGAUAAAACAAGAGGAUAGAUCAUCUGAUGAUGAUGAUGAUGAUGAUGAUGAUGAUGACAGAACUCAAGAUCCACAAAAUGAACAGGAUGUACCAUUACUGAAAACUGCAACAAAAAGACCAUCUAGCCUUAUAAGUACUGGUAUUGAAAAUAUUGUAACAACCGAGGACUUAAAAAAGAAAAGGAAAAGGGGUAAAAGGGGAGGUAAAAAACUCAAUAAAAAUAGGAAGCGCUGUGUUGCGGUCUGGCCUCAGUUAGUAAAAUCUCAAUUUGAACAGUCUCAGGGUGUUACACCACAAGGACAUUCUGACCAGAACUUCGCGGUUAAUAUGUCUGAUAAUCAAUGUGACCUUCAGCUGAAGCAGGAGCUUGAAACCCCUGAGAAAGUCAACGAAAUUUCACUGGAUAACCUCUGCAGAGCUAUAGAUACUGCAGUGCAGUCUGAUAUUGACUCAGAUGAUGGUACUGUGGUGAUAAAACAAGAGGAUAGAUCAUCUGAUGAUGACCAGUAUGAUGAUGAUGACAGAACUCGAGAUCCACAAAAUGAACAGGAUGUAUCAUUACCAAAAACUGCAACAAAAAGACCAUCUAGCCUUAUAAGUACUGGUAUUGAAAAUAAUGUAGCAACCGAGGGCUUAAAAGCGAAAAGGAGAAGGAUCAAAAGGGGAGGUAAUAAACUCAAUAAGGAGUGCUGUGUUGCGGUCUGGAAUUUUCCACCAAUCUGGACUGAAGCUGAAAUAAUUACAUCUAUUUCAGAUGCGUUUCCUAAUACUGAUCUAGUAUCUUUUGAAGUUUUGGAUCAUGGUUCAUCGAAUGUAAAGGUGGCAUACAUGAGGUUUAACAGUAAAGAGGAAUCCAAGGAGGCCUAUUUGAACUUUCGCUUUGGUGCUGAAGCUGAUGGGCAAGAGCUCCAUGUCAGAAGAGGAAAACCAACUUUGAGGAAUAAAAUCGUUAAGGGAAAAUUGUUUCUGGAAACCAAAUCUGAAGACACAACUACAGCUAGAUUGAGCUCUCAUUUUAGCGAGGACGAAAGUGACGAGAAUACUUCGGAUGACGACGAUGAUAGAAGAAGUAAAGACAUUUGGGAUGAAGAUCCGUCAGGAACGUAUGGCUUGAGCCAGGAAUAUUUAAAUGCAAUAAAAGUGAAGCCGCCUCUCACCCAAUGGGUUCAUAUAAGUAAUUUUUCGUGCACCGCACCUCGGCUUAAACAUAUUUUAUCGCUGGCUGGCAGAGUGCUGAUCUGCGACAUUAAAAAGAGUAAUAUAACAACAAAAUUUCAAGUUGCUAAAGCCAAGUUCAGUCAUCCCAUCGAAGCUGCUCAGGCAGUGUCUAUGUUCAAUGGCACACAUUUAGACGGUAGAGCUCUUAGUGUAGUCAUUGAUCGUAGCUCAUCUUCCAUUAAAGAACUCCUACCAGCUGGUAUAACCAAACUUGGUCCUGGAUUUGGAAUAAAUGGGGAACCAGAGGCUGACAUUGUAAGAAAGUGCCAAAGAUAUUUUCAGGGCAAAAAAGUUGACAUAAAUCCACAAUUAUUUUCAGCCAAUCAAGACCUUAGAUGUGACAACCCAACACGAACUAUGGUUCAGGAUGAUAAUAAUAUGAGGACGGUCAAUGCUUAUAUUAAGGACUUGAUAGAUAAAGACAUUAAAAUAGACAGCAUAAUUAAUGCUCUAAAGAGCAUCGAAACACCGAAUGUAGUUGGUGGAAAUUCAAACAUAAACGAAGUCACUAAUGUCGGUCACGGUAGUGCUUCCCCACAAACGCAAGAUUGUAAUAAUACUACACCCAACACUCCGCAAGUACAAAUAGAUAACUCUACACUACAAAGCAAAUCACAUCAAACUACGAUCUUAAGUGCUAAUAAUGUGUCUAUUAAAUUUACUCCUAGAAUGGGGAAUAAUAGAGCAGUCACUAAUGAUAAUAUCCCGGCGCCUUUACAAGGAAAUGUGGUUAGUCCAAAUAUAAUAAGACAUGACACAAACAGAAUGCAGACCCCAGAGUGGUCAGAAACAGGUGAAAACGUUAUAAGACCGGAACAUGAGGUAGUAUCUCGACAUAAUAUAGAGCAUCCUAUUAAACAAGAGAUAAUAGAUAUUAAACAAGAAAUAAUAGACCCAGAAACAAACAUGGAUGGCCCUGAAAAUGGAGGUACGCCUCCUGUAUUAAAUAUGACGGGAUCCAGUUGUAUUGAUAAAUAAUUUGAAGAAAAGAUUAGUACAGAAAGUGAUAGGAUCACAGAACAUUAUGAUGGAUACUGGCCAAAAUAUAGAUGAUGGCAGAUAUGUAUAGGUACAAUAUAUUAUUAUUAUGAUUUAUGUUGGGAUGUGGCAAAUUCGCAUCUACUUUUCACUGUUGAACUGUGAGUAAAACUUUGUAGUUUGAUAUUAAUAAGUAAAUACAUCCCAUUAAAGUAAUUUUCAAAAUAAUGAUAUAAGCUAUCAACGCACGAUUUUCUACCUAGUUGCUCCUAUGUACCUAGGUGCUAAAUAUAAGUAACUGUGUUUUUUUCCAGAUCCACAUGAGGCUAGAAAAUCUGCAAUGAAAUUAAAUAUGUACCUAACUAUGUACGAACGAUCGUUUUGCCCACAAAUGCUCAUUUAUGAAACAAUCACACUGUAGGUAAAAAAAUACAUUAUACGCUUAGCCUAAUCUAUAUACUUAUUACAGGUAUGUGAUUGAAUUUACAAUAAGUAAAUGUAAGUAGGUACUUGUUAAGUAUUAUUUAUUAUUAUAAAUAGUUAAAUAUAUAUGCUGAAAUAAAAACUAUUUUGGAGGCGGAUAA